GAGAGCUAGGAAGGGAUCAAGGAAACCUCUAACUAGCAUCGUAGAUAAACACCCAACAGAGGUGUAGCGAGCCCACAGCUGUCACAAUACCAAGAGAACAGUAAAAAGGCCCGAUUGAGUCCUUCAUACAGCGAGGGUCAACAUGUCUGAGACAUACGACUUCCUGUUUAAGUUUCUGGUGAUUGGGAGUGCCGGAACAGGGAAAUCCUGCCUCCUCCACCAAUUCAUAGAGAACAAGUUCAAACAGGACUCAAACCACACCAUUGGCGUGGAGUUUGGUUCCCGAGUGGUCAACGUUGGUGGAAAGACGGUCAAACUGCAGAUCUGGGACACUGCUGGGCAGGAGCGAUUCCGUUCUGUUACACGCAGCUACUACAGAGGAGCAGCUGGAGCGCUCCUCGUCUAUGAUAUUACCAGUCGGGAGACAUAUAACGCCCUAACCAACUGGCUGACAGAUGCACGGACUCUAGCGAGCCCCAACAUUGUUAUUAUCCUGUGCGGCAACAAGAAAGACCUGGAUGCAGACAGAGAGGUGACCUUCCUGGAGGCGUCGCGCUUUGCUCAGGAGAACGAGCUGAUGUUCCUGGAGACGAGUGCUCUGACAGGGGAGAAUGUCGAGGAGGGCUUCCUGAAGUGUGCUCGCACCAUCCUCAACAAGAUAGACUCAGGUGAGUUGGACCCAGAGAGGAUGGGUUCAGGUAUCCAGUAUGGAGACGCUUCGUUGAGGCAGCUGCGACAGCCGAGAGGCACCACCACACAGAAUAAACAGCAGUGUAAUUGCUAGGGAUCGCCUCAGCUCACCUCAGCUCACAGGCCCACACAGACAGGACGUCCCCUACAGCUCCAGGUGUUUUUUGGUGUGUGGGACCCUUCUCUCUGCAGUCUCACACACCUUGGAUCACCUGGAUGAGUGGUCAUGGAGAUCACUGCAACCCCUUCGCCCCUGCAUCUGGGCAGGGAAACCCCUCGGUGUGAACACGCUGGGAUCAUAAAGAAGAGGAAUCCUCUUCUAUGAAAAGUGGUUUCUUGGUCACUUACCAGACAAGGACGAGUCAAGGGUUGUGUGUAUGGGCUGCCCUGCAUUUCUUUUAUCUCUCUGCUUUUUCAUCCUGGUUUUAUUAACACCUACCUGCUUUCUACAUUUGCACAUCGUUGUUUAUAAAUUAUUAUUGGUAAACAGUUUUGCGCAUAUUCAUCGUUCAGCCUAUCUGGAUAUGAUUCAUGAUUAGUUUGGUCGGCGCUUUUGAGUUUUAACAUUCAUAAAGGCACCUGUUGAUAUUUUGCUUUUUAUUAUCCAUUAUUUGGGUUGAGUGUGUGACUUUAGCCUGUCAUUGAUGGUGAUAAACAGUCUAAACGUGUCCUCUUGUAAGUCAGAUGAUGUAAACAUGCACAGAUUUUGCUUUCGAAUUAUUGUAGAUAUACUGCAAACCGGAUACAAUGCAAGUCUUUGUAAAGGUUUCUUCAGCUGUGGUUCUUUUCCUGAUCCAAAUGAAAGCAGCUAAUCGAGUGUAGUUACAAUUUUUUAAAUCAUACGGGCCCAAAUGUUAGAGCCCAGUUCUGUUUCUCACUAUUUGCUGUGUGUUUUAUUGAGCCAUUUGACAGUUUUGGUUGAAAAAUGCACUGUUACGACAUAGAUUGCUGGCCUUAGUAAUAUACAGUACUUCAUAUUGUCGAUCUACGGAAUAUUAUUCCUAGUCACCACAUCACUAAACAGUCAAAGGGAACAGUCCAAUCACUCCACUCUACAUCAACAUAGGCAAGCCUGUGGGUCAGGUUUAAAGCACAAAAAUAAAAAGACAUUUUGCUCUUUGUUUCACUCCAAAGUUCCCAAAGUCUGUAGAUUCUCAUGAUCAGAUUUAGCCCCAGUGUCUCUGGUCCUGUCACAGUAUAAAAUUAAGAAUCAGUCUUUACAAAACUAACAAUGUCUUUGACUCCUCCUGCUGGGCUUUUUCUCCAUUUUCUUGACCUCCCUUUAAUUCAUGCUGCACAUACUGUACAAGGGACGUCACAGGAAACCACAGUUGGUUUUGCCUCGGUGCCAUGUUUGGGAAACUUUCAUACUGCCCACACAGUUCCCUCUUAGAGGCUCGGCGCUGUUCAGUCAUUCAGCCUUGAUAAAAGUUAGGAUUUAGUUUUUAACAUUUCAAGUAGUUUUCACUCCUCUUUGUCAGACACAGACGCACCUCUGCUCUCCCACAAAAUGUCCUUGAGUUUUGCCGAGCCGACACAGAUGUUUUCUCCUCAGAACAGACUCCGUGUUGCCCCAAAGAGAAAUGGGGAAUUUCCACUGAGAAGCGGUUUCCUCUAUCCGUGAACAACACUGACAACACGGUUCGUGGUGCUGCGGGAGGAGAAUGAGGCUGUGAGCUAAUGACUUAUAAACAUCCCGAACUGUCCCGCCCUACUGUUGAGUCAAAGGCACUGCUUCUGUCUGAACCACUGACAGCAGGUCGCACUGAGGCGAUCAAAACAAACUGCCUGCAAAACCUAUUUCUCAUGUCUUCUCCUCAACUGUUAGCAUAUGUCCUCCCAGGCAAACCAUAUGCGUUUAAUGCUUAAGUAAGCCAGCACACUGACGGGAAAAAACAUGAAGAGCAAACAUGAUAUAGUAUAGGAUAUCAAGAGACAGAUGGUCAAAAAAAAUGUAGUUCUCAUAAAGUGUUGGCAUUGUGAUAGUUUGUCUCCUUCUGCAAGUGCACUUUUACUUUUAAAACUUCAUGUUUGUUUUGUUUAUAUGCUGCAACUAUAGAAUUGUACAUUUUAUUUUACUUGAACAGUAUACUGUAAUAAAGAUUUUAAUUGUAGAUGUUAUCAUUUCUUACUAAAUAACAACUGAGGUGCUUCAUUUGAUUUCCUUGUCUCUGCUGUCACGAGGCAAGACUGUUGUUGUGGUCAUAAACUGCUGCUGCCCGAGCUUUGACUUGUUUGCUGCCCGCAGCAGACGUGGAGGUAAUGAUGAAGGAUGUUGACUUCCUGAGCUGUAGGAGGCCAUCGGCAGCAGCUCUGAUCACUCACAUUCACAAGUUGUCCUUUAUAUUCAGCUGUCAAAUCAUCUAAAUGGUUGAAAGCUGCUGAGGCUUGCAUUCACCUGUGUGUAUUUAUUGUACAGUUCGUAAUAAGCACUCAUCAAAAUAGAUGUGAUAAGUGUUAAUUUACCACUUCUUCCAGUGUGGAUUCAAUCAUGUGAUGAACACAAUCCUACUCAGUUGUUGCUUAGUAACUAAUGUUAUGUAAUCAACCUAAAUUCUACUGUACAUCUCAAGUAACCUAUACUGUAAAUAAGAUUUGUCUAUCGUCAGUUGGGGGUGAGUGUUGCUCAUUGAUUGUAAUGAUUAUGCAAUUCCCAGUAAACUGCUUGUUUUUUCAGUUAAUACCUUUCAUCAAUCUCUUGGAUGUUUAUGUUAAUCAUCUGUGUCUGCUGUUCCUGUUAAAGCGCUCGCUAUGUUCAAGUACAUCAGAUCCUUAGUAUAUGCAAAUUUCACUUUUGCUCCCUCUCUCCUGGGAGCAACAAGUUAUAGCACAUCAGGUUUAUAGGCAGCUGACUUAACCGACCCUGAAAUUUAACAGUAGAGCCCAUGUGCAUGAUUCAUUUGCCGCCUCGCUCCAUUCUUCAGUCGAAUCAUUUCUCUCAAAGGCAGUCAGGGUGAGGUUAGGAUAGCAGAGGACUCGUGAUGAAGAGUAAAUGCCCUCCGUGUCCAAUUGUGGAUUUAUUUUCUCAGGUCGAUGGAGCAACGGCGAGAGUGGUUUAAUGUAGCUGGAGUGGAUAUAUUGACUGAUUUAUUGAUCCUAGACAGGCUGUCAGGAUGAGCUCAUAAUAAAGUGGAAGUGCUCAUGUUUUGCCACUAGAUGGUGCUAAUAUAUUGGACAGAAGAAUUUCCAGUUCCUGUCCUUAAAAACUCACACACAUCACAUUUAAAGGUCAUCCUGUGAUGGUCACAGUCAAAAACCAAAACUUCCUUUUCAUAGAAGAUUAUUGUACAACUAGGAGCAGCUAUGGUUGACGUUCAUGUAUCAUUUCAUCUGUUUAUUUACAUAUAAUGGGAUGUACUGAUCUGGGUAGUUGUCAGAGACAGUAAUACAUACAAACACACAUCUUCCAUCAACAAACUCACACAGGUGGACAAUAAGGGAAGCCGUACAUAUUUCACUAUUGCCUAAUCAUUAAAAAAAAUACAAAAGCUCAACAACAGUAACAUUUGAACCACCUUUGUGACUGGAUAUGGUUAAAAUUAUGUUAUAACAAGUAAUCGCAUCAACAUUUAAGUCCAGCAAGGGGAAAUGAACAAAAGUGGAUUCUUUUUUUCUUUUCGCCAAAGUUCAUGAGGUCGGCAGGAGGAACUUAGAAGCCAAUUUAUGUUGCGCAAUGCCAAAGGAAUUUAUGGAUCUUUCACAAUACUGCUCAUACCAUAUAGUGAGCAGGAACCACUCUUUCUGGAAUGACAGUUAAUUUCACAAUAUUUAACAUAUGCAAGAUACACUGUAUGUACACACCAUACGAAGCAAACUUCACAGCACUGCUUUAUGUAAAAUAUACUUUCUACAUCCACGUCUUAAUCCGUCUGAGUGUGUUCAUGUUUUUUAAGUGUUUUGAGUGUGACCAACAAGCACCAUUUAACUUAACAAAUUGGAUCAAAUGACUUAGAUGAUCUGAAAUGCUUUGAAAACGAUUACAGCACCCAGAGAGUCGCCACCUGAGCUAAUGUAGCCUGCACUGUUUAUCAUCAUCAGCUGUGAGGAUGUCUGACACAGCACAGGUUGCCAUAACACAACGUCAAAAUGGCACUCAUCCUGAGUACACUCCAUUCAAUUAUGAACUUGCCGUGGUUGGGUCAAUUGCUCUAAAGGGCUUUCUGGUUGUAGCCUGCUUGUACUGUGAUGUGGAUAUAAAACGAGCAGAAGGCGUGACAAGCCUGCUGCCACAUCACAGGGAAGGCCCUUCUUUACGUGGAUUUAUAGAGCUGGCUGUUGUAAGUGCUCAAUGCACGUGGAUCAUUAUGGGCGGCCUCUCUUUACACAUGGUGCUUGUUAGUUACAGUAGUGCCAU